UUUCUGGGUAAAAAUGGAUGCUCACGAUCUCUUUCGCCGGCUUGGCGUGGGGGCCAAAUUCGACGUGAGACGUUUUUCUGCGGACGCGGCGCGAUUCCAGGUAGGAAAAAGGAAACAUGACUUUGAUUCUUCAGAGGUGCUGCACGGACUGGACUUCUUUGGAAACAAGAAGUCUGUCCCAGGUGAGUGUGGAGCAUCACGAACUCAUCAGGAGCUUAAAGAUGAAGAGAAAAAAGAAGAGAGCCUAACUGAAAAGAAGAGGGAACAGAGCAAGAAAAAGAGGAAAAUGAUGAUGUCAGAAAUUACUUCUCAAGAAGAAGGUUCUACUAUACAGUGGAUAUCAUCUGUGGAAGCGAAGAUUGAAGAUAAAAAAAUUAAAAGAGAAAAUAAACUAACUUCAGGAAAGUUGGAGAAUCUCAGAAAAGAAAAGAUAAACUUCUUCCGGAAUAAACACAAAAUUCAUAUCCAAGGAACUGAUCUUCCUGACCCAAUUGCUACAUUUCAGCAACUUGACCAGGAAUAUAAAAUCAAUUCUCGACUGCUUCAGAACAUUCUAGACGCAGGCUUCCAGAUACCUACACCAAUCCAAAUGCAAGCCAUUCCAGUUAUGCUGCAUGGUCGAGAACUUCUGGCUUCUGCUCCUACUGGAUCUGGAAAGACUUUGGCUUUUAGCAUUCCCAUUUUGAUGCAACUAAAACAACCCACAAAUAAAGGCUUCAGAGCUCUGAUUAUAUCACCAACACGAGAACUUGCCAACCAGAUUCACAGAGAGUUAGUAAAAAUCUCGGAGGGAACAGGAUUCAGGAUACACAUGAUCCACAAAGCGGCAGUGGCAGCCAAGAAAUUUGGACCUAAAUCAUCUAAGAAGUUUGAUAUUCUUGUGACUACUCCAAAUCGACUAAUCUAUUUAUUAAAGCAAGAUCCUCCAGGAAUAGAUUUAACAAGUGUUGAGUGGCUGGUAGUAGAUGAAUCAGACAAACUGUUUGAAGAUGGCAAAACUGGGUUCAGAGACCAGCUGGCUUCCAUUUUCCUGGCCUGCACAUCUCCUAAGGUCAGAAGAGCUAUGUUCAGUGCAACUUUUGCAUAUGAUGUUGAGCAGUGGUGCAAACUCAACCUGGACAAUGUCAUUACUGUAUCCAUUGGAGCAAGGACGACUGAGCCACCCAGGUGCCCCAAGAGAAUGGGUUUCAAUCCACCUGUUCUUGUUUUUGUUCAGUCCAUUGAAAGGGCUAAAGAACUUUUUCAUGAGCUCAUAUAUGAAGGUAUUAAUGUAGAUGUUAUUCAUGCAGACAGAACACAGCAACAGAGAGAUAACACAGUCCACAGCUUCCGAGCUGGAAAAAUCUGGGUUCUUAUUUGUACAGCCUUGCUGGCCCGAGGGAUUGAUUUUAAAGGUGUGAACUUGGUGAUCAACUAUGACUUCCCAACCAGUUCAGUGGAAUACAUCCACAGGAUAGGUCGAACUGGAAGAGCGGGGCAUAAAGGAAAAGCUGUUACAUUUUUCACUGAAGAUGAUAAACCAUUAUUAAGAAGCGUUGCCAAUGUUAUACAGCAGGCCGGAUGUCCUGUGCCAGAAUACAUAAAAGGUUUCCAAAAACUACUAAGCAAACAAAAGAAAAAGAUGAUUAAGAAGCCAUUGGAAAGGGAGAGCAUUAGUACAACUCCAAAAUAUUUCUUAGAAAAAGCUAAGAAUAAACGGAAAAAGGUCCCUGGUCAGAACAGCAAGAAGAAAGCUCUUGAAGACAAAAGUUAAAAACAACUUUUUUUUUUUUUUUUUUUUUAAGA